CGAGUUAGUUGAUUCAUCGUUGUUGUUUGUCGAUCCAUCAUCUGAUUGAUUCGGCGUCGCUACGCUGAUGAAGCUCAAGCUUGGUUCUCAACUCAACGUGCCAUAUUUCUGCCUCCUCAACCAGACGAUCCAAUGGAUGCCGAAACGGACAACGUCUCGUCUUCUUCUUCUUCUUUGACUCCUUCAAAAGGUACUUCUCCC